UUCAUUUGUCAAGCAUUUUUGUUGAAAUCUUCUAUUUUUCACACCUUUAUUAAUUAACGGAAAAAUGGAUUCUCUGCCUACAGGUCACUUUACUUUGCAGCAGUUGGCGAAUAUUGCGCUUGGUGGCGAGCAAUUGACCGGAGUCAAUACUAUGGUACUACACAGCUUACUGGAUCUGCUAUUAAAGAAGUUGAAUUGUGAAGACGAAAGAGUGUCGAUAAGCGGCUAUGAAGCCAAGCAAAUCGAAAAAAUUUUGCAGACUUCUUCUAUUUCGCCAAUUACUUUUCACGAAGAGAAUUUCGAUGUAGUUUUAGAGAAAUUUGAGAAUAUAGACGAGAUGGAGAAGCAGCUCAAUGAAACCGAAGCGAAGUUGAGUGAGCAUUUAAUUGGUAUUCGGCGCUUUUUGAAUAGGUUCGAGACAUUAGAACCAUUUCGCUUCGACGAUGAUGAUUACUAUGAACUAUGCGAGGACCUGUGCAGUACACUUGAUCCGGAUGUGAAAAUCGCUUGUGAAACACUGGCCAGAUCGACGUUUUUGAAGACCAUAUUAAUGCGCAUGUGUCAUCCAAUCUUGAAAGCUUACCAUGAAGUUGAAAAGAAAUUAUGUGUGCUUGAGGUGGAGGUGUGUGCACUAAUGAAACGCUUGGAUAAAACUUUUGACAGUUUUCAACUUGUCACUGUGGUACAAUCGGAGUUUGAGUGGUGCCGUGUCGAAUUGGACAGGGUGCAUGGCAUCUUUUUUAAAGCUCUGAAUGAAAUACAAGACAUACUCGAUGCGAAGGUAAACAAAUGUCAAAUGCUACAGCUGAAAGAGUAUGUAACCGAACGUCUAGACAAUAUUUGGGUGAAAUUGAACAAAUUGCGCAUCGAAGGUCGUUGCCAGCGCGCUUCCGCUGUUGUAAUCGAUAAACAAACGACUGCUUAUACGGAGGCCGGAAAGAAAAUGGUUAAUACGCCUUGCAUUUGUGAUGGUGUUCAUCUGCAAUUGGCUAAAGAACAUAAGUUACUUGAGCGCAUGCGGCGUAUAGACAAUAAAUGUGUGGAAAUACUUCUGGAAACCCAAUGGCGAAAGUCAAAUGCAGGGACAUCAACAAAACAGAGUCCAUAAAAGCGGAAGCAUUCAGCAAUUACAUAUCAGAUGAACCUAAAUAUGAUAUAUUAGACUUUUACGACUGUCCCAGGAAGGUUCCAGUUUGAAACAGAUCGCUUUUUAUAAAUGUAAUGCAAAUAAGAACUGAUGAUUAUAUAUAAA